CGUAGCCACUGUUAGGGGUAUUUAAGGGGCAGCCUAACACAGUCCUGAGAAGUUAUCCCAGCCUGCUGUUCACCUGGUCUUCUCUGUCACCGCUCUCGUCUGUCUCUGUUGAAGAUUCAACAUUCAACUACUUAACCUACAGUGAUGAACGGUGGGAUCUGUGUGUGCGUGCUGCUGGCAGCUCUCUCUACCAGCUGUCUCGGACGCCCCUCCUCAAACACACAGAAUGAGAGCAGAGCUGCCCCGUCCCAAGUGGACACCAUCCUGUCUGAACACAUGCGCCAAGCCCGCUCCACGCCCCUCACCGACCAGCAAAACCCGAAAGCAGAGGACGAUGUGGAUUCCCGGGCCAGCCUGACGGAACUUCUUGCGAGGUUGAUAUCGAGGAAAGGAAACACCCGCAGGAACUCCACCAUAAACAGCAGAGCGACCGGCCUUAGCGGCCUUAGUGCCAAGCACAGGAUAAAGGACAGAGAUUACCUGGGCUGGAUGGACUUCGGGCGCCGCAGUGCUGAGGAAUACGAAUACUCGUCAUAAAAGCGCAUCUGUACCCUGAAAUUCUGUACAGAGAGAUAGAGAUUCAUUUCAAUUUGUAGUCUUGGAAGUUGGUGUCUAAAAAUAUAUAUUUAUUAUGUAUUUGAUGUACAUUUGUUUGUAAACCUAACAUGAUGCAAUAUAUAGCCUACCUACGGCCUAUUUUACAGAAAAGGAGAAACUGUUCUUGUUCUGGCUUCUUUUCAUUUGGUGAUGACAUUGCAUUAAAUGAUUUAAUCACAUACACAUAUUUGUUCAUACAAAGUCCAGUCAUGUGCUCUCAGUGAGGAGCUGUCGGGUGUAUGAAAAUAAAUCCAGGGGUCAACAAUCAGAUCUUGGUGAGAAUCUUGGGUUUUCUGCCAUGGGCCUACCCUGUGGGACAUUUUAAGAAUUAAACACACACACACACGUCUCUCUCUGCCUAGUUAUUCUCUAUCAUUGUGCAGCACUUCUCAUUUAAGAGUCUCCAUAGUCUCCAUUGCAAGAUUAUGUCUGGCAACACAGUGGUGGGGAAAAUAUUUUUACUGCUGUAAAGCAGGCUCUACGGUUUGCAGUGGGGGCGGUAUUGGCUCAGGAGGUAAGCGCAGUCAUCUGGCAGUCGGAGGGUUGCCAGUUUGCCCUGGGUGUGUUGUCCCUUAGCAAGGCACCUAACCCCCAAUUGCUCCUGACAAGCUGGUUGGUGCCUUGCAUAGCAGCCAAUCGCCCUUGGUGUGUGAGUGUUUGUGUGAACGGGUGAAUGAGAGGCAUACAUUGCACAGCACUUUGGAUAAAGGCGCUAUAUAAAUGCUGACCGUUUACUGGAGAAAGUAUGUGCAUAUCACUGCCUUGUGUACAUUCUGUUUGAACCUUCGGUGCAUUAUCUAACCUCGUGAUCAGUAAAGAGCGAGAGUGUAUGCAUGUAAUUUCAUCUUCCAGACCUAAUUAUUUAAAUGUGGACUGUGAAGCUGUUCUGCUAUACAUAAACUGCUCAUAAACUUG